AUGCAGCUUGCUCUCGUGUUUACGAAUUUGGAGGGCAAUCUGCCCCUGCAGAUGGGCUUUUUAACCAGCUUAUCUAAAUUAGGAGUUGGAACAAAUAACCUGUCUGGUGAGAUCCCUCUCUCUAUCUACAACAUUUCAGCUCUUGUUAUCCUUUCACUAACAAAUAAUGACUUCUAUGGAACUCUUCCAACCAACAUUGAUCUCCUUUUACCAAAUCUGCAGUAUUUGUGGUUGGGUGGAAAUGAAUUCUCUGGCAAAAUUCCAAUUUCAAUCACGAAUAUUUCUGGGCUUAUCUCACUUGAUCUUCCGGUCAAUAACUUAAGCGGGGAAGUUCCAACCAGUAUAGGAGAUCUGCCAUUCCUGGAAACUGUAAACCUCGAAUGGAAUCUCUUAGAUAGUAAUUCGGUGGGAGACUGGGAUUUUCUUGCAUCAUUCACAAACAGCAGCAACACAAUGUCUCUUGAAGGGAACCAUAAUAACUUUGUAGGCAAAAUACCUAAAGUCAUGGCAAACCUAUCCUAUCAACUUACUAAAUUAGGUAUCGCAGGAAAUCAGUUAUCAGGAACUAUCCCAAUAGGACUUGGAAAUCUUGUCAAUUUGUAUUCCUUGGACAUGUCAACUAACUCUCUUUCAGGUCCAAUUCCAGGUGAUUUUGGCAAUCUUUACAACUUACAAUAUUUGAGCCUAGGAGAAAACAAGUUUUCAGGAGAGAUAUUAUCCACUCUAAGUAACAUUACAACUCUUUCUGAUGUAUACCUGUCAAACAACAAGUUUGAAGGCAAUAUAUCCGGGAAUCUAGAGAAGAGUAAGAGUUUGCAAUUCCUGGAUGUAUCUAAUAAUGACCUAGGUGGCAUCAUGAACCCACAAUUUUUCAGCAUUCACUUGUCACUAAUAUAUCUGGACUCGGCACAUAAUUCACUGAGUGGGCCUCUGCCUCUCGAAGUAGGAAGGUUGAACCACUUGGAAGUAUUCAAUGUUUCAUACAACAAAUUUUCAGGACAAUUUUACUCUUAA